UGAUUGGCAUCGCGGUAAUUCUACCGUGUCAUCUUCUUCAAUGUGGUGAUAUUACUGAAUUUAAUCUUCUGACAGUCGCAAUCGAAAAAAUAAAUAAAGAUUUUAAAGAAGAGAAUCCAAGAACAUUGUCGAAACCCUAACCCUAGCCCACACGUCAAUCAUUUCCUCUACAUCAAGGGAGAGAGAGAGGUGAAAAGGAAGGGCAUUCCUCUCAAUUUCUCUUGGAUCCGAACGCAUAAUCAAGUAUAGAUGUUCAACGCCGCGAACAACCUAAAUGGAAUUCCUCACGCCGGCGGCGGUGGUUUUGGCGGAGGAUUCUGGUGGGCUGUUGCAGCCCCUCAAUCUAGAACAGCUGUUGCCGUCACUGCCUUCGCCGGAAUCGCUGUCUUUGCCGCUAUUUUCUACACUACCAGUAGAGGCAAUCUUAAAUCACCUUGGUCCGGUAGGAAAAGAAAACAUACCCUUUCUCCCGAGCAAUGGAAAAUUAUGUUUACACCCGAUGGGAAACUCAUUGAUGGUGGAGCGAAGUUUUUAAAAAAAGUUCGAAGCGGAGGUAUAGAUCCGAGUAUUAGAGCAGAAGUUUGGCCAUUUCUUCUUGGAGUCUAUGACUUGAACAGUUCCAAAGAAGAAAGGGAUUCAAUAAAAAGGCAAAAAAAGAAGGAAUAUGAGAAAUUGCGUAAACAGUGUCAGCAAUUACUCAAAUUCUGCGAGGAAAGCUCUAAGUUGGAUGACAGUGGUGAAGAAAGAAAAAACAAGGACGAAAGAAGUCUUGUCCAAGACACUGAUUCUUCUGGUUAUGAAGAAGAUAGUGCCAGGGAAUCUGUUUCCAAUGAUGAAAAAAGUCAAGAUGUUGAAAAAUCCGCUGAUCCCUCCAGUACAGUAUUGGAAGGCGAUGAUAAUUCGGGGAAGCACGUCACAAGCACUGAUUCCUCUGUGCCAAACAAUGGCUCAUCUGAUUGUGACUCAUCUGAAGUCAUCGAUCCAGCUUCUUCUUCUUCUAUGGAGAGCAGAGAAGAGAAUGAGCCUGAUGCUUCUUCCAAAGAGAAUAUUUCUCCUUCUGCCAAAUAUGCCCCUGAAAAUUUUAACACAUGGCAGCGGAUCAUUCGUGUUGAUGCAGUACGUGCCAAUUCAGAAUGGAUACCUUACUCACCUUCUCAGGCUUCAGUAUCAGAGGAUAGAGCGCAUUGUUUGGCUGAAGCUGUAGGGUUAAAGGACUAUGAUCACCUAGAACCCUGCCGAAUUUUCCAUGCUGCUCGCUUAGUCGCUAUUCUUGAAGCCUACACUCUCUAUGACCCUGAAAUUGGAUAUUGUCAGGGCAUGAGCGAUCUACUUUCUCCAAUUAUUGCUGUAAUGACAGAAGAUGAUGAGGCUUUCUGGUGUUUUGUGGGUUUCAUGAAGAAGGCACGCCACAAUUUUAGGCUCGACGAGGUUGGGAUCCGGAGGCAAUUGAAUAUUGUAUCAAAGAUUAUCAAAUGCAAAGACUCGCGCUUUUUCAGCCACUUGGAGAAGCUCCAGGCUGAGGAUUGCUUUUUUGUUUACAGGAUGGUGGUGGUGCUGUUUAGAAGGGAAUUGUCUUUUGAACAAACGAUUUGUCUGUGGGAAGUGAUGUGGGCAGAUCAGGCAGCCAUCAGGGCUAAAAUUGGUAAGUCAGCAUGGAGCUUAAUAAGACAGCGUGCACCGCCAACAGAGGAUUUAUUGCUAUAUGCCAUUGCAGCUUCGGUGUUGCAGAGGAGGAAAUUGAUUAUAGAGAAGUACUACAGCAUGGAUGAGAUUUUGAGAGAGUGCAAUAAUAUGACUGGGCAACUUGAUGUGUGGAAGCUCUUAGACGAUGCACAUGAGUUGGUGGUCAAUCUGCACGACAAAAUAGAAUCAACUUUAUGAAGGGUGCUUUUCGAGCUUGUCUUAUGUUGCACGGAAAUGGAAACGCUGGAUUGGGAAAUGCGAAAUGGAAAACAAUGGAAUUUAAUUGUUUACAAUGAUAGGUCAUCAAUAUAAAAUCUUGGAGUUCGGACUUUCGGAAGCGUUUCCGAAAAUGAAAAUGAAAUAUGGAAGCGUAGGACUCGAUAAGUUCCAUGCAACAUAGGAACAUAGGCUUGCCUUCUACUUUAUGCUUGAUUCUUUAUGUUUAAAGGAAAUUCAGUACCUCUCAGGAUGUUGUUCAAGACACGAAUUCAAGAGGCAAAUUCAUUUCCAGUUGAGUUGCUCAGUGCUCGAAUGAUAUAUUUGACUGCUCGUCCGUUUUUAAGACGCAGCAGCGCCAAUUCUCUAUCAUAGCAUGUUAAACAGGUAGGGAUUGAUGAGCAACAAUGUGUAAAGUAUUGAUGGUGGAACUAUUCAACUAGGGCAGGAUCACUUGCUUGUAGUUUGUGAUUAGAUUUAAGUUAUUAUGCAGCAAUGCAAUGUUGAAAUAUCCAUUUCUGAUAUGCAUAAUGGUUGAUUACAGCCUUACAGGCAACAA